AUGGAGGUGUCUUUGGACAUCUGUUGCCACCAGCCAGCCGAGGGUCCGCGCGCCGGCGAGGGCUGGGGGCGCACCCCUAGCGCCCUGCGGAGGGAGAGGAGGCUGGGAGUCUCCCCUGGAGACACUAUGGAGAAGUACCAGAUUUUGGGCCAGAUGAGUCCUGGGGCCUUGGGGGUGAACGUGGUGGUGGAGGAAACAGAAAACAAAGUCAAGCACGUGAUAAAGCAGGUGGAAUGUAUUGAUGAGCAUCAGGCCAACGAGGCCCUGGAAGAGCUGAUGCCUCUGCUGAAGCUCCAGCACCCCCACAUCUCCAUAUACCAGGAGCUCUUCAUCAUAUGGAACAGUGAGAUCUCCUCUCUGUUCCUCUGCCUGGUGAUGGAGCACAACAAUGAGAGCUUCCAGAAGGUCAUUGAGAAGAAGAGGGAGACGAGGACAAUCAUUGACUCUGAAUGGUUGCAGAACAUGCUGGGCCAGGUGUUGGACGCUCUGGAAUACCUCCACCAACUGGACAUCAUCCACAGGAAUCUCAAGCCCUCCAACAUAGCCCUCGUCAGCAGCAACCACUGCAAAUUACAGGACCUGAGCUCCCACGCACUGAUGACAGACAAAGCCAAGUGGAACAUCCGCGCAGAGGAAGACCCUUUUCAGAAGUCCUGGAUGGCCCCCGAAGCCCUCAACUUCUCCUUCAGCCAGAAAUCGGACAUCUGGUCCCUGGGCUGCAUCAUUCUCGACAUGGUCAGCUGCUCCUUCAUAAAUAGAGCAGAAGCCAUGCACCUGCGGAAGUCCAUCCGGAGCGCACCUGACGGCCUCAAGAGCGUCCUGCAGACCAUGGAGGAGAAGAAGAUCCCCGAUGUGGAAACCUUCCGUUCUCUUCUACCUUCGAUGCUGCAGAUCAACCCCUCAGAGCGAAUAACAAUCAGGGACGUGAUCCACAUCACCUUCGUGAGCAGCAACUUCCGGUCCUCCAGUGUUGCUCUGACCCUGCACCAGCAGGUGGUCCCUGCCUUCAUCGCCGACCGGCUGCUGGAAAGUAACGUCGCCAGUAUUUUAGAGGUCAUGCAGAACUUCUCCAGCCGGCCUGAAGUCCAGCUCAGAGCCAUGAAGAGGCUCCUAAGAAUGCCCGAAGACCAGCUAGGUCUGCCGUGGCUGAUGGAGCUGGUAGAGAUUUUGAUCACCAUCAUGAAGCAACACGAGAGGAUCCUUGACAUACAGCUGUAUGCCUGCUCCCUCCUGCUGCGCAGCCUGGGUCAAGCGCUGGUGCAGGACCCGGCGGCCGAGGUGCUGAGUGACAGCUCUGUCAUCUCUGUCCUGCUGAGCACCCUGUGGAGCCACCCCGAGUCGGAGCAGCUCCUGGUCACGGUCUACAGCCUGCUCACCAUCAUCUCCAGCCAGGAAUCGGCCUCAGAGAAGCUGCAGAAUGCUGGGCUGUUUGAGCAUAUCCUGGAGCACCUGAGUACCUUCUCCACAAACAGGGACAUCUGCAUCAAUGGCCUGAGCCUGCUUUGGGCCCUGAUGGUGGAUGCUAUCAUUGUGAACAAGACCCCUUUGGAGAAAGCCGCGGUCCUCAUUCCCGAGGUGCUGGCCACUUACCCCAGGGACGUGGAGAUGGCCGAAGCCGGCUGCGGGGUCUUCGCGCUGCUGUCCAUGCUAGGUUGCAUAAAGGAGCACCAGUUUGAAGAUGUGGCGGCCCUGUUCCUGCGAAGCAUCCGGCUGUGCCCGGACAGAGUGCCGCUGGUGAACAACGCCUACCGGGGACUGGCCAGCCUCGCGAAGGUGUCCGAGCUGGUGGCCCUGCAGGUGGUAGUGCCCGGGGAGGGCGGCAGCGGCCUCGACCUCCUCUGGGAGAUGUACCAGCUCUACAAGGAUGACCCCGAGGUGGUAGAAAACAUCUGCAUGCUGCUGGCCCACCUGGCCUCCUACCAGGAGAUCCUGCCUGAGCUGGUGUCCAGUGGCAUCCGGCCCCUGGUCCAGGAGAUCAAGGAGCGCUUCACCUCCAGCCUGCCACCUCCAGCGGUGGACCAGGUCUCAGAUGGCAAACUCAGAGGGAAGCAGCGGUUCUCAGCAGCGUGCCCCCACACCCUGCUGCUGGGACGGUGA